AUGGAUGCCCUGCACAUCGCCGGGAUCCACUUCGCAGAGGCGCUGCAGUCCGGGCCGCCCUGGCUGGAAAAGUUCUGGAUCUCAGUGACCUCCCUGGCUGAUCCCAAAUCCAUCUUCACCGUCUGUUUCCCUCUCGCCUAUUUUCUCGACCGCAAGGUGGGGGUGUCGGUGCUGUGGAUCGGCCUGGUGUCAGAGUGGCUCAACGUGGUCCUCAAAUGGUUCUUGUUCGGGGAGCGCCCGUUCUGGUGGGUCCAUGAGUCGGGGCUGGCCAGCAGGGAGCUGGUCACGCUGCGCCAGUUCCCUGUCUCCUGCGAAACGGGACCGGGGAGCCCCUCCGGCCACUGCAUGAUCACGGGGGCAGCCCUCUGGCCGCUCGUCACCGCUCUGACGACGCUAGUGUCCAGACGUUCCAGGAGCCUGGCAGCGAAGCUGAGCCCCUUCACCGCCUACGCCCUGCUCCUGCUGGCCGUGGGGCUCUCGCGGGUCUUCGUCCUGGCCCAUUUCCCCCAUCAGGUGGUCGGCGGCAUCCUGGCAGGGGCAGCCCUUGGCUGGGGGCUGCAGGCUCGCGCCCUGGCCGCCUGCACUUCGGGCUUCUUCGUCGCCAUCGCGCUGGCCCUGCUGCUCAGCUCCCUCGCCCUGCGCAGUCUGCUGAUCGCCGCCGGCAUCGACAUCGACUGGUCCAUCCGCCUGGCCACCAAAUGGUGCUCCGACCCCGCCUGGCUCCGCCUUGACACCCGGCCCUUCGCCUCCGUCUGCCGCGACGCCGGGGUCCCCACCGUGCCCCGGUGCGUCCUGCACCCCCCUCCUGGCUUCGCCCUCGGCUGCGCCCAUCGUCCGUGGCUCCUGGCCUGA